GAGUAUAUUAAAAAAAAAAAAAAAAAACCCAUAUUCUAGAAAAUUCCUAAAACUGCCUUUACCGUGUUCCAUUAUAUUCCACAUAAAAGCAGUCUCGCUUGAUCAGUUUGCAUAUUCUCUCUGAUAAAAACUAAAAAGCCAAAAAGAAGAAGUGAGUUCAGGAAAAUGGCAGAGGAAUUGGCGCUGGAUUUGGCGGAGCUAAAGCAACUUCAAAGCAUUGCAAAGAGACCACGUAUUCUAUCUCUUAUUACCUCUGAGAUUCAUAACUUGGAAAAGUUGCAGACAUCGAAAGAGGAUGCAAGUGCACCUGCUCCUGCUACUGUUUCACAAAUUCCAACUCCCAUAUCAAGCUCAGUUAAAGUUCCAGUUAACCCAGGAUUGAGUUAUGUUACACUCGCCUCGUUCAGCUGGGAUCAGGAUAAUGAUAAAGUCAAGAUAUAUGUCUCUCUGGAAGGAGUUGACCAGGAAAAAAUUCAGACAGAGUUCAAGCCAACGUCAUUUGAUAUCAAAUUUCAUGACGUCCAAGGAAAGAACUAUCGAUGUGCUGCUCCAAAAUUGAACAAGGAAAUUGUACCAGAGAAGUGUAAGGUGGUAGUUAAGCCAACAAGAGCCAUCAUAACAUUGUUCAAAGCUUCUAAAGGGAAUUGGUCUGAUCUUCACUUCAAGGAAGACAAGCUGAAGCCAAAUUUGGAUAAAGACCGAGAUCCUAUGGCUGGAAUCAUGGACUUAAUGAAGAACAUGUACGAGGAAGGGGAUGAUGAAAUGAAGAGAACAAUUGCUAAAGCGUGGACUGAUGCAAGAUCUGGCAAAACAGCAGAUCCUCUCAAGGGUUAUCCUUGAAUCGGAUAUGAAAGGAGAUACACAAGAAAUGUCUUUCUAUAGAUAUUUUACUACAAUGGCCUAUUUUUGUGUUUCUUCAAGCAUGUGAGCUUGGCGUUCAAGUUGUAGUGACACUUACGUUGUGUGUUGGCAUUUUUGUUCUUGCUAUGAAGUAUCUUUGCAAAUAAA